AGUGAUUUUGUUGCCAGGGGGAGGACUAUACCAGUGGGAUUUUCCCAAUCAAUGUGGAUUUCUGGAAGUUACAUGAUGACAAUGAUGAUAAUGAUGAUGAUGAUGAUGAUGAUGAUGAUGAUGAUGAUUAUGAUUAUGAUGAAUAGACUACAACAGUACAACUGACAGCAGCAGCAAAUGUAGUAGCAGCAGGAAUGGUAGUAGAAGUAUACAGUAUAACAAAUGAAAUUAUGUAACAGCAGUAGCAUCAGUAAUAUUUCUGUUACUAUAAGUAAAAGUUGUGAUGUGAUAGCUACAUCAGUGGCAGCAACAGUACUAGUUAAAUGUGCGGGCCAAGUAUCUCUUAGCCAAAUGUAUUAUUUCCUGGUUAGUUUUUUGUUGGUCUGGUCUGCUGCAGUUCUCUCCAGUGCUGGCUACAGCUGCCUGCUGCUGCUGUUCUGCUUUCAACCUCUGGAGAGAGCUAACAUUCACUGUUGAACCUGGUAUCCGGCGUGCAGUACGAGCCGGGGGAAUGAGUGGGGCUCGCAGAAUGCAAGAGUUAAAAUACUUCAGGGAUGGAGCUACGUUGGUGAUUUCAUUGGAUGGUUUAAAUUGGCUUACUAAAAGGAGAUGCAGUGACAAAGGAAUCAAGAAAAGGAAUGAAGAGCUCCAGCUGUUGAUAUCCUCAGGUCAGAUGAUCCAGGCCGAUGAAGAGCUGCAGGCGAUCACCUGCAUCCUGGAUCGAAGAGGAAGUGCAGCCCCUCAGUUAUGGAGGAACAGCGACUGCAGAUCGAGCUUGGUAACGCGGCCUCCGCCCUUCUCUACCUCCCCUCGACAUCGUUGUAUUCCGCAGGAGUCCCCACAUCAUUCAACGCUCACUUCUUUAGCUUCUUUUGUCUCAGAGCGCCCAAAGGAGGCCCCGUGGACAAGACUUAUUUUAAAUAUGCAGGACAUUUUCAGUUUGAUCAAAAAGGAUUUAAACAUUAUCACUCACCAGGACACUGUUACAACAGAUCAGCAAAAUAGGUUCAUAAUUUUUUGUGAUGAGAACAUACCACUACAACGUUUUGGUGACAUUUGCUACACUGAGGAUUGUGGGACAUCGAAGGGGGAUAGUGGUUGGCAUAUCAGCGAUAACAACUCCACUGCCCGCGGUCGCAACACCAACAACUCUAAUGGGAAUCAACAUGAACUGGUUAUCAGAGACAAUUUUAACAACCUUAAAAUUCUUCAGAAAUCCUGUCAAAUCUACAACGCUCCAGGAGUAUUGUCUGGGAGGGACACAAAUCUAAAAAAGAGGAAGAGUGUGUCCUUUAAUGAUGAUGUCAUGGUCUACCUGUUUGAUCAGGAGAGUCCCACCGUGGAGCUGCACUCUGAGGCCUGCACAUCUCUGCCAGAUGUCACAUUAGAAGACAGUGGCUUGGAGUGGGAGGAUGAAUUCUCAGCUUUGGAGAAGAACUGCCAUUUUCAGUGUGUCAGACACUCUCAGCAAUACCCCCUUUCCCUGCCGACACAGGCCAGCACUGCUCUGUCCCGGCGUUUCUUUCUGUCCCAAACCUGCCUGUUCCUCACCCAUGUCACUGAGUCAGACCUUGAGCUGUGAGAUAAAGGCAAGACAGCCAGCCUUGGACCUAAUGGAAAAACUGACUAAUCGUCCAGAUCUCAUCCUCUUCACAUCUAACUCAUCUCCCCACCUCCCUCCUCUUUUAUGAUGAGUCAGGGAUUUUAAUGGCCUUUUUCUUCCCUCUCUGGUCAAAUGGAUUCAAAGCACCUGCCGUUCAUGACAUCACAGCCACGCAGGACUGUGUGACAGUGCAUUCAGCUUUCACAGUUGUUUGUAUGACAAGAUCACAGGCUAUGAUGUGUUACACGACCAGCUGCAAACCUCUGUGGAAGCUGCUUUUCAUGCCAUUGGAUCUGAGCUGUGAAAUAGAAACAUAAAUGUUGUCAAUUCUAAUAAACUUAAUUUAAUAAAUUGUCAUCUUUGUCUGAA